GAAAAACAACCUUAAACUAUCCGAACAGAAUCAGCAUCGUCGUUCUCCGCUCUUAAGUUGCUCCGAGACCCGAAAUCAGAAACGCGGAGCCCCGGGUAGAACCGAACAACGUUGAAGUCCGACGCAGAGAGAGAGAGAGAGAGAGAGAGAGAGAGAGAGGCGCAGAUUUCUCAUCAAUCAGCUUCCCAGGGAGAGAGACAGCGAGAGAGAGAGAGGAAUAUGCAACAGAGGCUGAAGCUUCAGCAACAACAACAGCAAGCCCUGAUGCAACAAGCCCUUCUUCAGCAGCCUCACAUGUAUCACCCCGGUGUCCUCGCCGCUGCCAUGUCUCAGAUGGAGCCUAUCCCAAGUGGGAAUCUGCCUCCUGGCUUUGACUCAGCUUCAUGCCGCAGUGUCUAUGUAGGAAAUAUUCAUGUCAAUGUCACUGAGAAGCUUCUUGCUGAAGUUUUUCAGACUGCUGGUCCUCUUGCAGGAUGCAAGCUCAUCAGAAAAGAUAAGUCAUCAUAUGGUUUUGUGGACUUCCAUGACCGGACAUCUGCAGCCCUUGCAAUAAUGAAUUUGCAUGGGCGCCAACUCUAUGGUCAGGCACUUAAGGUGAAUUGGGCAUAUACCAGUAACCAGCGGGAGGAUACUUCAGGACACUUCAAUGUAUUUGUUGGUGAUUUGAGUCCAGAGGUUACUGAUGCGACUUUAUUUGCGUGCUUCUCCGUCUAUCCUAGUUGUUCUGAUGCAAGGGUCAUGUGGGAUCACAAAACUGGCCGCUCAAAAGGAUAUGGAUUUGUUUCUUUCCGUAAUCAGCUGGAGGCACAGAGUGCUAUCAAUGAAUUGACUGGUAAAUGGCUUGGAAAUAGGCAAAUAAGAUGCAACUGGGCAACCAAAGGUGCUGGUGCUAAUGAAGAUAAGCAGAUCAAUGACAACCAAAAUGCAGUUGUACUUACAAAUGGAUCUUCAGAUGCAUGCAAUGUGGAAUCACAACAUACAGCACAACAUAUUGUCCAGCACUCGAUAGCCAAAAGCUGGGAUGGAGGUCAGGAGAAUACCACUGAGGAGGCCCCUGAAAACAAUCCAGCAUACACUACUGUCUAUGUUGGAAACCUCUCUCAUGAGGUAACUCAACCUGAACUCCACUGUCAGUUUCAUGUUCUUGGGGCUGGGGUUAUAGAGGAAGUGCGUGUCCAGAGGGAUAAAGGAUUUGGAUUUGUUAGAUACAACACUCAUGAAGAAGCAGCCUCGGCCAUUCAGAUGGCUAAUGGUAGGAUAAUUCGCGGGAAACCCUUGAAGUGCUCAUGGGGUAGUAAGCCAACUCCUGUGGGGACUCUUUCAAAUCCGUUACCGCCGCCAAGCCAACCAUAUCAAAUCCUUCCAAAUGCAAGUAUAAACCAAGGCUAUUCUUCAGCUGAGUUGUUGGCUUAUCAGCGCCAACUUGCCUUGAGUCAGGCUGCUGCAUCUGGCCUCUCAGGUCAAGCUCUUAUGCAGAUGACUGGGCAGCAUGGCCUGGUUGCUGCCUCCAUGGGAUCCAGCUCUGGGGGAUCCCAAGCCAUGUAUGAUGGAUAUCCUAAUAAUUCAUCCGCCCAACAGCUCAUGUAUUAUCGUUGAUGGCCGUCUCAGUUGUCAGUACGUAUCUUUUUCGUAACUUUGGGCUUUCUGCUGGAGAUGCGAGUCAUUCUUCAAUUACUUGAAUUUUUCUUUUUCUCUUUUUCUUUUUUUCUUUUCUCUUGUAUUAUGUAAGGUAUAGAUUAUACGCUUGGCUUUGUAACGGGAUCUUCUUUUGGAUUUUGUAUCCUUGUUCAUGUCAUUACACAUGGAUGCAUGGAUGGUGCUUUUAAUGUUAACAACAUUUGGUUAUGAGUUAAAAUCA